CAACGCGAAAAGAAAUUGUGAAGGAAUUUUCUGAGAAAGUUUAGUUCGCAAAGGACCGUUAAAAGAAAUUGUUCGCUUUAUGUGCGGAUUAGCCAAAAUCGUAGGCUCAGUUGUGCGCUUUUGACGUCGUCAGCAUGGCCAAGAAAAUACCUUUUAACGUGGUCUUUGCGUCAGACGAGGAUGUUAACUUUCCGGCCAGCGAGCUCAACAACCACGGACCCACAGUCCACGGAUGGCGGAGUGCUCCGGACGGCAGCCUCACCUCACACGACAUAAUCCUCCGUUUCCAGCAGCCGGCCAAGAUCUAUCGCAUCCAACUGUUGGCCCACCAGUAUCUUAUUCCUGAGAAAGUGGAACUCUGGCUGCACUACUCGCCCAAAUCCCUGCCCAGCACUCCAUCCUCGCAGUACUUUGACUUCCUGGGCUUCGUUGCUCUGGCGGACAAUGCGAACACCAACUACAAGUCCCGGGAGCUGCAGAGCGUCACCGUGUCUCCUCGGCGUGGCACCCAUCUAAAGUUGCGACUGAUUGGCGUCCAGGGCAACGACUACAAUGACACCGGUCAGAUUUCCCUGCUGGCGGUGAAUGUCCUGGGCGAGGAUCUGGAGGUGGGGCCAAGUAAUGGCAACGGCGAGGAGCACUUGGUCAGCGAGGCGCCGCCGCUGGACACGGCAACCGGUGAACUAGCCUUGGCCUCCAUCUGCGACGACCUGCUCUUCUCCAUGUACGUCGAGGAGUCCAUUGUGCAGUCGAUCCGAAAGCUGGAGCAGCGCAAGAUCUUGGCCGUCAGCGCCGAGAGAUUCGAGUAUGCCCGCAAGCUGAAACUUUGCAUGACCGCCUUGAGAAGCGCCGGUGAGCGUUUGGGUCGCUAUGCCCUGGCCAAGCGGCAGGCCGUCCGGCAGGAGGACUUCACGACGGCGCGGCUGCGCAAGGAGCAGAUCGAGAUGUACCGGGCGGCAGUCCUCCGGCAAUUGCAGGUGCAUCAGCUGCUGGAACCGCAGGGCGUGGCUCUGAGCUCCAACGAUCAGAGUUGCGAGAUCUAUGCGGGCGGGAAGCCCAGCCUGCCGGCGGCUCCCAGUCUGCAGGAUGUGGCCCAGGCGCUGGCUGAAGCCACAUUCAGUCCCAAGAGCCUGACGAGUCUCAGUUUGGACGACAAGUCCUCCACGGAUGGCUCGCAGGGACAGCCUGGUAAUUAUAAUGUGGUUACAGCUACCGCUGCCGCUCCCGCUGCUGCGCCCGCCUCCCUGCAGGCCACGCCCACUCCCACGCUGGGCGGCUGGCGCAAGUCGCACGACGAGCUGCCCCAAUCGCCGCGUCUGCCCUCCAGGCACAGUUCACCCAUGUCCAGCCGACAGGGAUCGCUGCGCAGGCGCAACAAGAGCGUGCCGCGCAAUUCCUACGAGGACUACGAGGAGCGGGCCAUUCCCACGCUGCGACAGGAGUGUCAAGGCAACGCGCUUCUGGAAGCGGAUCCCAACCGGGGACGUUCGCGAUUAAAUGACCGCGAGCGCCGCCAGGCAGCUUUACCCAUCCUGGUCUUCGGCAGUGAGCUGGUGGAGCAGUUCUACUCGCGCCAAUUUCAAGACCGAGAAGAUGGCCUGCUGCGCCUGCGCAACUUCCUAAAGGAGCACGACCCGGUGGAGGCGUCGGGCAACGAGCACGCCGCCAGUCCCAACAAGGUGGCUCGCAGCGCAGCUCUGCUGCUCCAUCGCGCGGUAAGGGAUGCCGUUUACUCCGUUUUCGGCCAGGCCACGGAGACGGUGCGCAUGCUGUUCCUGGAGUACGUGCCCGGACGCGUUUCCCCCAACGAGGUGGCCCGUUGUGUGGAUCGCUUACUCCCCGAACUGCUGGCCAAGUCUGGCGAUCCGUCGGCACGACUGCACACCCUGGCCCAGCACACGAUCCUCAGCAUCGCCGCCUGUCCAGAGGUGGCGGAGCAGCACCUGGUCGCCCCGGCACUAUCGCGUAGCGUUGGAUCCGGAACCCAUCAGCGACUCGCGAUGAGCCGACUGCAGAUGCUGGAGCAGCUAGUCCACACGCAGGGCAUUAGCACGGACAAGCACAGUGGACUCACCUGCAGGGCAUUGUCCGAGUGCGGCUGCUCGGGCAUCCAUCAUCCGGCGGAACCGGUGCGAAAGGUGGCCGAGCGCAUCCUGCUGCUGGUCUACAAGGUUAAUCCUCGUCUAGUGCGCAAGCAGCUGCCCCCGGAUGACGACAUCACGCGACGGAAUCUCUUGUACCGGCAGCUCUUUACCGAGUUCGACAAGUUGGAUCUGGAUCGCAAGCAGGAGUUGCUGGAGGCCAAUAAGUACAGCUCAGGGGAUGCGGCAACUCCACCCGCGGACAAGGCCUCCACCAGUUCGGAUGCUUCCCGGCUGAUGAACAGUCGGAGUGGACAUGGUCUUGGGCCAGUGAGCAGCUCCAGCAAUGGCUAUGCCAGCUGCAAUGGAAAGCAGCAGUACAAUGAGCAGCUGAAGCGAUCCAUGCUAUCCGUCUCCAAUUCGCGCAAGGGAUCCGCUUCCAACUCGGAGUCCACCGAAGACAACACACCCAAAAUUCGCUGUCCUUUUUGCGAUUGGUCAUGUGUUGGCAGUGACGCCAGCCAGUUGGACCGACACUACUGGAAGUCCUGUCCUUUUUUGUCCAAGUGCCCACAAUGCAGUCAAGUGCUGGAGGUAGCCGCCCUCAAUUACCACCUGACAACCGAAUGUGAUGCCAAGGAGAGCUAUGUGGUCUGUACCCGGUGCACUGAAUCGGUGCACAAGCAGCUGUAUGAGCUGCACCAGAUGGAGGACUACUGUCGGGAACUGAAAACCGGAGCGGCACGGUGUCCCCUCUGCCAUGACGAUGUGCACCUGCCUCAGGAUGGCGGCUGGAAAUUGCAUCUCCUCAGCGCCGGCGGUUGUCCCGGGAAUAUACGCAAAAAGAAUCUCAAAAAGUCAAAUUAGGCACCGUAAAAAUAACCGAUCUAUUGGCAUGCGUAGCGAAUUUAUUAGAGCAACUAUACUAGUCAGGAGGCUUACUCGAGGGAACUAACUAAUUGCAGCCACAACCAUUUAGUUAAUUAAAUCAAUUUGUUCAUCACACUCAAACGUUCAUUUAGAAACAUUUUGUUAAGCCUAUUAGUUAGAUUUAUUAUGUGCAUUCAUUUGUAUUUCUUUGUAAGCAAUGUGAUUUGUUAACGGUAACACGAAUUUUUGAAACGUCCUUACAAUAAAUAAAGCCCAUCCAUACAGUUUUA